AUGUAUUACAGCAAAGACCUGAUGCUGCAAGCCUCUCUGUAUCUGUACCAACACAGGCAGCAACAAGAAGCCAUCAUAAAAAUCCAUGUAAAAAUGGCCCUCUCUCGUGUAGGCAAGUUGAGAUCAGCCGAGGUCUUACGCGGCCAGGAAUGCGUCCGGCUCGGAGCAGUUUUCCCACUUGCACUUCCUAAAUCCUUGAGGCUCUCUGGGGGCGUCCGAGUCCUCAGAGACGCCCUCUCUGGGGAGCCCCCUUUCCCACCAGGAUUAGGGGCCCACUCCCCCACGGGAUGGCCGAGCUGCUGGCGCCCUCCACGCCGGCUUGGCACCGUCCGGUCCCUGUUGUCCGGCUCCACUGCUUUCCGGGCCUUGGCAGGACGGAGGCACGACCGGAAUGCGAAGGAGGACGCGGGGCGGGGGCUCCGGAUCCGGAGAGAACACGCGGCGGGCCCGCCUGCCUCCCCCGGCCGCAGCCCAGCCCCACAAUGCUUCUCGGACCUGAACCGCCUGUGCAAGCGGCUCCGCGACGCCUUCCCCGAGGACCGGCCGGAGCUGGCGCGCGCGCCGCUGCGACAAGGGCUGGUAGCCAUAAAGGAUGCUCAUGACAUAGAGGCGAGGCUCAAUGAGGUCGAGAAGCUGCUUAAGACAAUCAUCAGCAUGCCCUGCAAGUAUUCUAGGUCAGAAGUUGUGCUCACCUUCUUCGAAAGAUCUCCUCUGGAUCAGGUGUUAAAAAAUGAUAAUGUACAUAAAAUUCAACCCAGCUUCCAAAGUCCUGUCAAAAUAUCAGAAAUCAUGAGGUCCAAUGGAUUUUGUUUGGCAAACACAGAAACUAUAGUUAUUGACCACAGCAUACCUAAUGGGCAAGACCAGCACCUGGGUGACGAUUCCACAGAGCAUUUGUUUGAAAAUGGCAGCGAGUUCACCUCAGAGAUGGAAGAUGGUGAUGACCCUGAGGCUUAUGUCACCAACCUGUCCUAUUACCAUCUGGUCCCCUUUGAGACGGACAUUUUGGACUGAUCCUCUCCAUGGGGCCUUCCCGGCCUCAGCCUAUGACUGCAUGUCCUAAUGCUGUCCACUGGGUGGCCCCAAUGGUGAAAGGUCUUGGCCCACCCAGGGGUUUUGUCACCACCCCCAGUGAGGCCCCGUGUCCUGCAAUUGGCCCUGCAGAAGCUCCUAGUGGCUACAGGCUGAUGGCAGGUUCAACAGUGGAAGUCCAUGCAGCCAAGGGGUCAUCUCUGCACUUGUACCACCAUCCUGCCUCUCCCCUGGGACCCCCUGUCCCACUUGGUGUGUCACAGAGCACAUGCUCCAAGGGCUGUCACUGCCUUUUCUUGCUGUCACUGCCUCCUUAGGGAGCACAUUGUUCUUUGUCAAGGGGCCUGGCCACCCUGACUCCCCACCAUUCCCUCAUAUGUCAACGGCACAAAGCAUUUAGGAGGAAGUUUUGACGAGUCAUCAGGUUCUGAACAACACAGACCUGGAUGUUCAGGGCUGCAGGGCGUCCCUGGGAACCAGAACGAGUGGUUUCUGUUGUCGGGUUUUUUUUGGUCAUCUUCUCCCUGGAAACUAGAUUUUAGAAUAGUGUAAAGGACUGUUCUUCACAGAAGAUCAUGCACAAGUAGAAGUUCUGGCUCUAGAGAGAGGAGAUUACUGACAAUCAAGUGGACCAUGAACUUGACCCAAGAGGUGAGUGUCUUCUCAAGAGGAAAGAAAUCCUACCCUGCCUGCUAGCCCUUGCCGGCCUUUUUGUGCUGGGUAUAUGGCUGUCACUACAGUCAAGGGUCUAAAGUUCAAUGACACAGUUGCUCUGAUAAAGAGUAAUGGAAGGAAAGGGGGAGAAAUGUAUAGCCCCAGCUGUACCGCAGGGGAAGGUCUGUCCUCAUCUCCUUGUCUACUAAUGGCUGGUAUUUGCUAAUGUAAAUAAUAGUAAAUUAUUGAGAAUUCUAAUGCUUUUACACAGUCUGUUUUUAAUCUAUUUUAAUUAAAUAAAAUUAAUCAUCCUACUUUGA